UCGAUCGAAAUUUUAAACCAAUCACAUGCUAUGUGACAUAAGUUAAUUGCUAUCAAAUCUGAACAGUUUCAAACCCGAAAGACUACAAGAAAAAGCAUAGGCCGCGAUGCACACAAAUAAUCCUCCUCAUACAUCGGCAUUUCUUUCUUUAUUCCGUCCAAUCUCUCUCUUUCUCUCAGGGUGUCCGUCUUCGCUGUGUAACAGCAGGAAGAGGAAGACGACGACGACGAAGAGAAGAAGAAGAAAAAGAACAAAAGAUGUUCAAAUUCUUGAAAGGAGUGGUGGGCGGAUCGGGGACCGGUCCCAAAGAUCUGCCUUACAACAUCGGUGAGCCUUACUCCUCUGCUUGGGGCUCUUGGACUCAUUGCCGUGGUACCUCCAAGGAUUAAAGAUUUAAUUUAUCAAUGGCUGCAUUUGGAGGUUAGUGAUUUAUGAUUAAUGGAAUUUAUUAUGUAUAUUUAGAUCCAUAAAAUCUAACAAUUGGUAUCAGAGCACAUGGUUAAUAUGCAUAAUAAAUUAUUUUGAAAUUUGUUGUUAUAUUGAUAUGCGGCCAUUGAACUUUCAUCGUGUAUAUUGAUGACAUGAUAUUUAUUUUAUAAUUAUUCUCUCGUCCUUGUGAUUCUAUUAUUACAUGCUUGUUUCCUGAAAUCCAAUAUGUGAUAUUCAUUUGUGUUGGCGGCUAUUGAUUGUCUGGAGAUCCAAAUUUUAAUUUUGAAUUUUAUUGAUUAAUUUCUUUUCUCUUGCGCAAUAUCGGGUUUAUAUUGAGUUUGUGCAAAUUAUGUGAAUUUUUUUUUUUUUGUUUUAGUUCGAAUUAAGAUCUGGGCACGGUGAAAAAAUAGGUUGUUGUUAUGAAUUGUAUUAUUUAACAUCUUUAAUUGGACUGGAAACCUUUUUUGUUUUUUUUUGAAUAAAAAAAAAAUUGAGAAACCCCGUUUUGGCCGAACGAAUAAGUUUUCUUGGGCAUUGAUUUUGGUUGCUAAAACAUUGAAAUUGAUUUGUGGAAAACAUUGCCCAAGAAAAGAGGAAUCAAACGGCACCAAAAUUGUAGAAAAAGAUUGCCGGAAAAGAAAUUUCCAGAUGAGUCGAAUUAGCGGGUCACAUGACCCGUUUGGACUAGAAUCGGGUCACAAAGAAGAAGAGAGAAACGGCAUGCCAUUUGGAGCUUGUGUUGAUGUCAGCAUGUCGUGUCGUUUGCUGACGUUAGCAGGCCAAAAAAAAAAGUUAUUUAUUUUUAUUCUCUUUUAUUUUUUUUUAUAUUUUAUAUUUUAUUAUUGAUUUAUUUGUUGUUUAUUUAUUAAUUAAUUUAAUGAUUCAAUUUUUCAAUUUAUUUAUUUAUUGUUUAUUUAUUUGUUUAAUUAUUACAUUCCAAUUUUAUUAAAUUAAAUUAAAUAUUUGUGAUUGGAAAAUUGGAUUGUGUGAGCUUACCCAAAGAGGCUUUGUGCCUAGUUGGUAUAGUAGUGUGGGAUUUUAGGUACUCACCUGUCGUGAGACUUAUUUUGUCUGCAUUAUGUGUACCAAUGUAAUGUGUGUUGGCAUAAUGGAUGGAUUAUCUUUUAUUUACCUAUAUCAUGAAAUUACCAAUAUGUUGUUUUUCUCCCACUUAUUAACCAGAGUCUAUACAGGUGACUAGUCUACCCUGUCAGUAGUUUUAGUUGCUUUGUAUGACGCCUGGAAUGGCAGUGGAAGUUAAUUAAAUGCCAUGUAUUGCAGGUUCUGAGUUGCCCUGUCGAUGAUUCAAUUUGAUGAUUUUGAUUGUGGUUAUUUGGUUGACUGUCUCUGGCUCGCAUAAGGGUAUCUUUAGUGCUACAAACACCCUAAGCGAUAUUUAUGUUUGUGCUUUUGUGUUGAGGGGCGGGAAAAUAGUAAUUGAAUUGUCUUAAAUUUUGGAAUGUCUUGUUGUUUACUAUUUUUACAGCUAGUAGCACCCCAAACCUUCUGCCCAUGAAAUUGGAUGGUACAAAUUAUCAGAAAUGGAAGAAAACCUUAGUUAUGAAUUUGACCUUCAUGAAAUUAGAUUUGGCUUUGGAGACAGAUCCACCAGAGAUACCGACUGAUGAGAGUACUGUAGUAGCUAAGAAACUUUAUGAGGAUUGGAAGCACUCUAAUAAAUGCUGUAUGAUGAUGAUGGAGAAUUACAUGGAUGAGGCCAUAUAUGCUAGUAUUUCUAAAGUGAAUACUACAAAGGGACUUCUUGAGGAGAUAGGAAAGAAGUUUAUCAAGUUUGAUAUGAAUGAGAAGUAUCAUUAUUUGGACCUAUUGAAUAAUACCAAGUAUGAUGGUAUUAAAAGAGUAAGGGACCAUAUUAUGCUACUUUCCUCCUAUUAUAAUAAGCUGAAGGACCUUAAGAUGGACAUUGGAGAGGAGUUCUCGACCUAUUCUAUAAUGAGGAGUCUUCUAUCACAGUUUGAUAAUAUAAGGUCGAGUUUGAAUACUAAGAAAGAAGGUUGUAGCUCGGAGGAAUUGACUGCUAUCAUUGUCAAGGAAGAUGAUGAUAUUAAAUUAAGUAAGUCUAGGUUUGUUGCUAUGGUUUCACAUCAGGUAGAUAAAUCCAAGAAGUUUUUCCAAAAGAAGGGACAAGGAUUCAAGCCAGGACAAGGUUUCAAGCCUGGGCAGGGUUUUAACCCCAAUAGGAAGAAGUUUUCUAGUAUAAAGCCUAAAUGGCCAAGGGAUGGUGUUUUUCAGAUUAGAAAAAGGAAAGAGUACUUCAAUGGAAGGUGUGGAUACUGCAAUAAAGUUGGACACAAGAAGAUAGACUGUUGGACCUUAAAGGGAAAGCAAGAGAAGAAAGAUAAUAUUUUAACGAUUGAGACCAAUAUUAUUGAUGUGCCUAUGAAUUCUUGGUGGUUAGAUACUAGAGUAACAAUUCAUGUUACUAAUUCAUUGCAGGGAAUGAUAAGCCGAAGGGGCCUAACCAAUCUUGAGCAGCAUGUUUAUAUGGGAGAUAACUCAAGAGUGAAAGUGAACAUUGUGGGAACAAUCAAGUUGAAGCUUGCCACUGGAUAUGCUUUGGAGUUGCAAGAAGUUUCUUAUGUACAUUCAAUAAGAAGAAACUUGUUGUCUAUUUCUGUUUUGGAUAGUCAAGGUUAUAGGUUUUUGUUUGGAAAUAACAAAGUUGAAUUAUUUAAGGAUGGUAAAGUUGUUGGUUUUGGAACUUUAUGUGGCAAUCUAUAUAAGCUUGAUUUAUUUAAUAAUGGUCUUAAUUUCUUGUUAAUUCUAUUGUUGCUCCUAUUGUUGCUUCCAAACGCCCAAGAGUUAAUGACAAUUCCUCAGUGUUAUGGCAUAAACGGUUGGGACAUAUUUCUAGGCACAGAAUGGAAAGGUUAGUGAAGAAUGGGAUACUUCCUAAUCUUGAUUUCUCUAAUCUGUUGACUUGUGUUGAAUGUGUGAACGAGAAGUUAACUGCCAAAGUAAGAAAUGAUAAGUUAGCUAGGUGUGGAGAUGUUUUGGAGUUAAUCCACACUGACAUAUGUGGACCUUUUACACCAACUGCUUUGGGUGGUUAUAGAUAUUUUAUUACCUUCAUUGAUGAUUACUCUUGUUAUGGACAUGUUGAGCUUGAUCGUGAAAAGUCAGAUUCUUUAGUUGCUUUUAAAGAGUUUAAGGUAAAGAUGAAGCUUCAAAAGAAUAAGAAAAUAAAAGCUGUAAGGUCUGAUAGAGGUGGUGAGUUUUAUGGUAGAUAUGAUGAGACUGGAAGGAACCCAGGGCCUUUUGCUAUUUAUUUGAGUGAGUGUGGCAUUGAUGCGCAAUAUACGAUGCCUGGUACACCUCAGCAAAAUGGCAUAGCUGAGAGAAGGAAUAAAACUUUGUUAGAUAUGGUGCGGUCUAUGUUGGCAAAUUCUAGGUUGCCAGAUUAUUUGUGGGGAGAGGCUUUAAGGACGGCGGCUUAUAUUUUGAAUCAAGUUCCAAGUAAGUUCAUUCCUAAGACACCUUUUGAGUUGCGGUCAUGAAGAAAGCCUAAUUUGCACCAUUUUCGAAUAUGGGGUUGCAAAGCUGAAGUAAGGAUUUAUAAUCCCUAAAUUAAGAAGUUGGAUCCUAAAACCAUUAGUGGAUAUUUUGUUGGCUAUUGUAUAGGAUCUAAGGGUUCAAGAUUCUUUUGUCCUUCUCACACCACCAAGAUUCUGGAAUCAGACAGGGCCAUUUAUUUUGAAGAUGAUUUUGGAUUUGAUGAUAAUAAUGGAACAAGGGUGCCUUAAUUUAGAGAAGAAAGUGUUUUCAUUCCCAGUAUAGUUGUUCUUGAUAGAGAUAUUAUUGAUCCAGUAGUUGAUGAACUAGUAGUUGGUCAGAAUGAACUCAUUGUUGAAUAGGAGGAUAUUCCAGCUAUUGUAGAUGUUGAUGUACCUUUGAGGAGGUCACAAAGGACUAGGAGAUCAGCUAUUCCUGAUGACUAUGAGGUUUACUUGUAGGAGCAUGAGUUUGACAUAAGUGAUGAUUCAGAUCCAGUCACUUAUGAAGAGGUGAUAAGCAGUUCAAACUCAAAUUUUUGA